CUGGGGCUUUCCUCCAUGAGAAGGCAAAGGAGGCUGCGGAGAUUCUUCUGUUGCUCUCCUAAAACGGGACAGGGCGCGAGCUGCAUUUCAUAAUCUAUACAUACUCUAUUUGAUAUUUUAGGAACAGUGUAUCAGGCCCCGUAUAGGAGGUUGAGAUGAAAUAGCCUAGACAACGAAUAUUCAACACUCCCAAAGCAAGCGAUCACAGCCAAUCGCCAUUGACGAAUGAACAUUCACAGCGGAUCCCAGAAAACGGUCUCGUACCAACCCUUCAGAGAAUUUGGCAAUACGUCCAACCGUCCUCACAAACGCAGACCACGUGCGCAGACCAGCCCAGGACCUCCACAUACGGCUUCUACACCUGCGGGAUUGUCUGAGACCAGCCACCCAGUGUUUCUACGGUUGAUUGAGAGUGUAAGAGACACAGAGAAGGGAAGAGGAGAAGAACAAGAGAGAAUAAAGGACGAGAGAAGAACAUCUGACUGGAGCAACCACCAAGAAGGAUUUAAGAACAUUUGAAUAACCUCCAAGACGUUGUUCUUUAAAUUCUAGAACGGUCCUAUCAUGUUUUUUUUCCCUCCUCGUUUGAAUUGAGAAACAUUUACUGAGAAGGGACAUUGACGACGUUUCUUGUUGUAGUCAUUCUCCUCUUUGUGGUUUACAGUAACAGUUUACUGUCAGUUUGGACCCCCAUGUUUGUUUCGAUGAAAGCACACCUGUUACUUUUCUCACAUUCUUGAUUUGGAGCAACUGAGUGUGAGAGGUGUGAACGCCAGUGGGAGGAAGGGGACUUUGUUUCUUUCACUUUUGUCUUCUCGUUUAUAGUUCCAUUUGUGUGUUCCAUUGUUUCUUGUCAGAGGAAGGGGAAAAGGGGUUUCCAACUGGGUAUCAGUGACAUUCCAUUCUGGUUUCACCCAAGGACAAGUACCCUUGUGUGUGUGUGUGUGUGUGUGUGUGUGUGUGUGUGUGUGUGUGUGUGUGUGUGUGUGUGUGUGUGUGUGUGUGUGUGUGUGUGUGUGUGUGUGUGUGUGUGUGUGUGUGUGUGUGUGUGUGUGUGUGUGUGUGUGUGUGUGUGUGUGUGUGUGUGAGGAAAGCUUCAUCACAGUAAUAUAAGACUAUAAUAAGAGCGGAAAAGGAAAGAAGCUUCCGUGUGUCACUUUCUGGGAAAAUGGGAUCGGAAAGGGACUCGGAAUCCCCCCACUCCUCGGUGAGCGGCAUUCCCAACCCCAAAUGCCGGGCACCAGGAAAACGCCAAGGACGCAUCUCCUUCCACAGCCUUUUCCACAGCAAACGGGGUUCCCGGAGCGCCAAUGCAGGGGCGACCACACAUUUAUCCCAGCUCCACAACCAAAACCAUCAACAACAGCAACUCACCCCCCUUCCCCCACCACCACCACCACGGACGCCCCCAGGACCCAGCCACCUCCCCCACCUCCCCCCAGCAGAGCCCCUCUCUUCCAGUCGGCUCUCCCUGGGUCUGCCCCAGUCCUCCAGCGCCUCUCCUCCAGCAGACUUCCUGGAGUGCCCCUUGUGCCUGGUGCCCCAGCCCCCCGAACAGCUCCCUGAGCUGCUGGGCUGCAGCCACCGCUCCUGCCUGUGCUGCCUGCGCCAGUACCUGCGCAUCGAGAUCACCGAGAGCCGCGUCCACCUUAGCUGCCCCGAGUGCUCGGAGCGCCUGGCGCCUCAUCAGGUGGCGGACAUUUUGGACGACGUAGGUCUGCUGGGGAAGUAUGAGGAGUUCCUGCUGCGACGCUGCCUGGCCUCCGACCCAGACUGCCGCUGGUGUCCCGCGCCCGACUGCGGGUUCGCCGUGAUCGCUUCGGGCUGUGCCAGCUGCCCCCGGCUGGUGUGUUGUAGAGAGGGCUGCUUGGCUGAGUUCUGUUACCACUGCAAGCAGGCGUGGCACCCCAACCAGACCUGUGACUCGGCCCGCCAGCAGAGGGCACUCUCCUUGCACAUGCACAGCAACCACUCACCCAGCUACACGCAGGAGCACGGGCACGCUGACGACAUCAAGCCCUGCCCACGAUGUGGCGCCUACAUAAUCAAGAUGAACGACGGCAGCUGUAACCACAUGACCUGUGCCGUGUGCGGCUGUGAGUUCUGCUGGCUCUGCAUGAAGGAGAUCUCCGACCUGCACUACCUCAGUCCAUCAGGGUGUACGUUCUGGGGAAAGAAGCCGUGGACUCGUAAGAAGAAGAUCCUGUGGCAGCUGGGCACUCUGAUCGGAGCCCCGGUGGGCAUCACCCUCAUCGCUGGUAUCGCUGUGCCUGCCAUGGUUAUUGGCAUCCCCGUCUAUGUGGGGCGCAAGAUUCACGCCCAUUAUGCGGGGAAGAAGACCAAUUGCCACAGGAGGAACCUGGCCAUCACGGGAGGAGUGGCCCUGUCAAUCAUCACAGCUCCUGUGAUGGCGGCCGUCAGUGUGGGUAUUGGCGUGCCCAUCAUGUUGGCGUACGUCUAUGGCGUCGUGCCCAUCUCUCUGUGCCGCGGAGGAGGCUGUGGCGUCAGCCGAGGGAAGGGGCGUGGCAUGCGGAUAGACUUUGACGAGGACGACGGCCCAAUCACAGUGGCUGAUGCGUGGCGGGCCCUCAAGUCUCCCAGCCUGGUUGAGAGCAGCCUGGAGAGGGCAGCCAGCGGCCUUAGCACCACCUCCCCCAGUGAGGGCCUCUCUGUGGCUCCCGGGGUCCUGGGAGACAACCCCCACUUCAACACUCUGGCCGGGGGCGCCCUUGGAGCCAGGACUGGCAAAUACAACAGGUUGGAGCUCCAGGGAGGGGAGCUGGGGAAGGACAGUGCCCAGAGAGAGACAGGUAGUCUGGGAGCGGGUAGUGACUGCGCCAGCACCCGGGGCAUGGCCGGCUCCAUUAUCUCCUCAUACACACUCCCUGACAGGGACUGUAUUAACCUGGAAAUCCAGGUGGACAUCGAGACCAAACCCAGCCACCUCUGCCUGACCAGUGAGGAAGACCUAAACACGCCCCCUGCUGCUAUGGCAGCAUGCACCGGCUCAGGCGGGGAGGAGCCUCAGGACUGCAGCUCCAGAAGGGGCGGGGGUCUGUUUGGUUCAGCACUAGGCCUGUCACCAGGGGCAUCACUCAGGGAGGGGCUUCGCGAUGUCACUCUGGCCCAGCCCGAGAGCAUCCGUAGCGACCUGGAGAUGUCCGACACCCAAUCGGACGACAUCGACGAGCUGACGUCAGACGACUGUGACUCGCCUCAUCCCAAGAGCUGCCGGCCCCCUCAACCCCAGGCCACCUGCAGACCCCUUCACACCUCCGACAGACUGCACUGUCCCCCGGAUAAUGUCAUCCUCUAUGUUUAAGAGUCCAACUGAUGGAGAGCUCUCAGAGAUUCCACAACCCCCACGCAAAAUGUUUUUUUUUUUUAGCUUUCGGGUAAUUCUUUUGCUGCUUUUUUGUUAACAAAACGUCUUACCUGCAAACAACACCCAUCUACAUGUGUCUGUCUGUCCCUCUCUCAACAUCUCCAUCUCCUUGCAGAGAAUUGGCAGGGUUCUAGCUCUGAGAUUUCUCUGUUUACUUCUUGGUGCAAAAAUGCCUUGGCUACUUGAGAAAAGAAAAAAGCUAAACAAGAGGUACACAUUUUCCACAAAAAAUACUGCAAAAAAAAAAAAAGAGGAAACAAGGUAAAAGGUCACCAGGCACACUAACGAGUGAAGGAUUGUGGGGGAUGGGGUUUGUACUAUGGAAGAGGAUGUUUUUAGGGAUGUUUGAGUGUGGCAUUUGUUCUAGACUUUGUUGGCUUGAUUUCCUCCUUUUUUGUUGGAACUGAAUGAUAUUGAGUGAUUUAGAAGUACUUUUAUUUGCUGUGUGCAUGAGUCUCCAUAGAGUUUUCUAUGGCUGUGUAGGCCUUCAAGUGUAGUAUGAGUUUACAGUAGUUUGUUCAGAGACAUGACUUUAGAGGCGAUCUGCACUUGAAUCUCACCUGCACAGAGAAGAACAAUGUAGGGGUUACACAAGAGUCAAUGUCGUGGAAGAUAGACAAGUACUUAAUGACUGACUGCCCGCCUUACAGACAGUGAUUACGCUCACUGACGAACACACUGGCUUUCUGACAUGCUGGCUGCCUGACCCACUCUAGUUAUGCGUGUGCGUUCUACACGAAGACUAUAAAGACAAAGACCUAAUAUACAUUUUCAGUAGAAAACCAUAGUAGAAGGAAUGGAUGGACUUCUUGUGAUUGUAUUUGUUUGUCCCACUAUCGAGUGAAUGUAUGAAUGAGCACUUGUGCACUUUAUCUAAAUAUUCAUUUUUGGUUGUUGUUGCUAUUUGUUGUCAUCAGUUACUGUCUUGAGUUUUCUUCCAUACAUACUUGUAAAAUCAUAGCCAAAUGUUGAUUAGAAACCUUUUUAUUUCUUCUAGAAUAAUAACCCAUUUUUAUUUCUUCUAGAAUAAUUUACUAGAGCUUGUUUUUGCUGUUCACCGACCACGUGUUUCAGUUGUUUAAGAUUUACCAUAGACAUCAUGAAAUCUCUAUAUGGGAACAUUGUUUCAUUUCAAAUCAGUUUUAUGCGGUCGGAUCAUACUAUUGAGCAGUGCUUGGUAUGGUCGGUUGAUGUUAUUCAGUUGUCGCUUAUUUCUGCCUAUGAGAAACCACAUGAAUGUACCACGGAUUGAAACAGAAACGUCCUAAAUAUGACAGGAUGAUUUACCCUUAAGGGACACAUAUACAGUACAUGUGGGUAAAAGAGUUAUAAAUAUAUGAGUAGCGAUAUGAAAGUGUUGUAUAUAAAUGUGUAGUAUCUCAUGGCACUGUUUUGGAAGCCCCUUUAUGGGGCCAAACACACAGGACUGUGAGAGAGGUUGUGGACUUUGAUUUGGAAAAUAAACACAUUUUUCUGUUGCAACAA